UGUUGAUACAACUGGCGCAUUGAGCGUCAACAUAUGUCGCCUGCUUAAGUGACUCGCCAGUCCACAACGGAGAUGCCGAGCGUACUCGCUGUUCUACUGUGUGCACUGGCCCUCUUUCAGGCGCCUGAGGCCGCCGCCGGCCAAGACGUGCCCAUCGAGGGCAUGGACCCGGAGAAGAUGGAGAUCCUGCGGCAGGUGGUGGCGGCGGCGCCGGACCGCGGCGACGCCAUCCAGAUGGCGAUGCGCGCCGUCUUCGACGAGAUGCGUCGCGCCGCCAGGGCGCAGGGCGGCGAGCGCAAGGCCACACCCACUGCCGCCCUGCAGGCGGCUCUGGACCGUGGCGGGGGGCUGGUCCAGCAGGCCGACGACGCUCUCCAGAAGCUCGCGAAGGAGCUCACGCUCAUGGCCAAGCAGACAGCUACGAACUUCACGUCGUGCCUGGUGGAGGAACGUGAGCACCUGGCAGAGCUGGAAGCUGUGCUGGGCAGCGAAACCCUGAGCUGCCUGAUGGGUGGCGUAAGGCUGCUGGCUGCCAUCAAGGAACUCAACGGCACCGCCCGGGGACUCAUCGCGGAUGCCAAGAGCUGCUCAAAACUAGACGACACGCUCGUCAAGAUUCAGUGCCGGUCACAGCUGCUAGUAGAGCUUGGUCCAGAGCUGCUGUCGCGCACUGCAGAGCUGAAGGAGGCAGCCGCGGAAGAUGCCGAGGCCGUGGCGGACCAAGUGGAAGCGCUGGUGCAGAAGUGCCUGCCGGUCGGGUCUCCGCUGGACCUCGAGGUACAGGACCUGCUGACGGACAUGGGGCGCUGCACGGCCAGCGCCGUGGCCGCCGCAGAGGGACGCCGGGAGACGCCGCGCGAGGACCUCUAGCCGCUCGUGUGCACGCCUCUCGUCACUGUGCAGUAUCUGUGCCACUCGGACAAAAUUUGUGCAGUUAUUAGACACGCGAAGUAUAUGAGUAAAUAUAUGGGUAUACGCAAUGAAGAUUAUGGAAAAAGACAGUGUCUGCAAAUCUGCAAAUGUGUGCUCAACACGGAGUCCUCUUCCUCUGAUUAUGAAGAGAAUAGUGUUCUCUGGUUUGUCAAAGUUUACACACAUACACACACACACACACACAUACACACACACACACACACACACACACACAUACAUACAUACACAUACAGCACGCGCGCGGACUGGAGACUACAAUGCACAGUAGGAACACCAACGUUUUGCUUCACAUAAUCAAAGGAGACAGUCUGGCUUUCAAUACACUUUUACAGGAAUGCUCAGCAUCUCCAACUUGCAAAACACUAUUUCCUGCCGUGAUUUCUCAUUGUUACUGUACUUAGAUCCAUAAGUAUUAUAUCGACAAAUGUAAGAAAUGGCCAGAAAUUAGCACUAGCAAACUAAAAUUAUAGAAACUGACUUAAACAACACAUUUUGUCCUCCGGUCUCCCAUUGCCAUUAACUCUAUACUUCCCCUGUCUAAUUAAUAGCACGUGUAGUUCUUUUUUGAUGCUAUUAAAAUGAUCCGUAAUGCUCCGAGUUA